AUGGAAGGUGUAAUCGCGCGCUUCUUCUCUUCUCCUCAAUACGCCGUGGCGGGCGCAAGUAACGAUAUUAACAAGUUUGGAUACAAGAUCCUCGCAUGGUAUCAUGGACAAUCUCUAUCAGUGACACCAAUCAAUCCACGGGCUGCACAGAUCUCUCUUCCCUCGAAGGUGUAUACUACUGUUCCGUCGCCAGCCGGACUACCUUCGCCCACUGAUACUUCAUUGUCGGUAGUGACGCCCCCACCAGUAACCCUACAAAUUCUACAGGAGGCGCAUAGGGUUGGAAUCACUGCAGUAUGGCUACAGCCCGGUACAUUUGACGACGAUGUCUUGGCAUUUGCGCAUAGUAACUUUGAGACGGUGAUUGCGGGUGAUGGAGGGGAGGGUGAUGAGGGAUGGUGCGUACUUGUUGAUGGGGAGGAUGGGCUGGAUGUUGCGAGGAACAAAUAUGGAUCAACUGUCUAG